UUGUUUUGGAAAAUUGAUUCUUAACCCUGGGAUUAAAUUAUAUUUUGGGUGUUUAGAUUCGAUAAUUCCCCUGUGUGUUCAUGAGGCUGACAAUUAUGUUGAUGGAAAGCUGCUUGUUAAAAUUCCUGAGGGUGUAGCUUGGAAUUUGGGAACUGAAAGAGAUGAUUUUCUCUUACAACUACAACAAGAUUUUUCGUUCCGUUCUUCAAUAUUAUUGGUGUUUGUUACAACUGGUGCCAAUGGUGAGAGUGGUGAGUUGUUUGCGAAAUUUUCACAAGGAAAUAGUAUACCCAGGCAUACUUAUUUGUUUAUAUGGAUGCUAAUGUGUGAGAUUAAGAAUGUUCAUGAGUUGUCUCGUCCAAUGCUUGAAAUGUGGAAGGAGGGUUAUUUAUGGAUAGAUAUUUUAGUAAGCAAAGUGGGGACUAAGGUUUUACCCUUGGUUGUUCAAGCUCUGAAUGGGCAUUGGCUGUUUUGGGACUAUUUGAAGUGGAAGUUCAAGUUGUACUCUACAGGCCUGUGGAAUGUGGGUCACAAUACUUGCAAACAGUUUAUGAAGGCAGUCUUGAAUUCAGCUGGUAAUUAUCACUAUCUGCUGCUUACUCAUGUGACCUACGGGAGCCUUAUUGUUCAAGGGGAAGUUGGGUUGACAAUGGGAUAUAUCAAGCUAGAAUUCUAUGACAGAAUGGUGACAAUUCAGUUGAUGUUCCUUUACACUCCAUCGAUUUUUGUGCUGGUGGUUUUCUUGAGAUGGAAUUUGUUCUCAACAUGCUUUUGCAGUACUAAAGGUGUUAUGGUGUUAAUUCUCUUGCAGGAGUUUGCAUGUAUGCUGCUAAUUUUUUCUCCCCUCUUCAUUUCUCUCGAGAAUACUUAAACAAUCCAACUGCAACUGUCUGCACAUCUUGUACAGUAGCUACUCGACAGGAAUCCUUAUAAGAAUGGUGCAAACUCCAUCCAUAGUCUCUGUAUUCCACAUCCUGAAAAUGUUAAGGCUGGCGUUAUGGGGUGUGAGGAGGGACUUCAAGUUGUUUUCUACAGGGUUAUGGGGUGUGAAACAUGUUAGUGUUGAUAAGAGUUUUACAGUGGUGUGCUUUGACUUAAACUGGUUUAGAAAUAAGUUGUUAUGUGAAGCUGAGGUCCAUAAUAAACUUACAACAAUUAUUUGGAGAGAAUCAAGCUGGCACUUGGGCUCUGCGAUUAGAGAUUUAGGUACAACGAGUCAUACCGGGACAAAAAUUCUUUUACGAAGGGGAGAAAAUCAUCUCAAAACUGUUGAAUCCUAUUUCCCAAUUGUGUUACUGUUGGUGGUCUCGUUGGAGUGGAAAGGUGCAAUAAAUGGUGAUGCUCAGCUCAAUGGGGUGCUUCUGUUUAAUUCUGGUCAGGUUGAGCCCUUUGAGGACAAGAAAACAAGGUCAAUUUUCACUGAGUUCCCUGCUUCCACUCUUCUUAUAGAACUCACAGGUGAAGUCAAGAUUGGUUUUGAAGUGUGCACAGGGACAUUUAUUGGCCUUUCUAAAUUUCCGGAGUUCUCUAAUUCAUUUAUGUUUGAUAGAGGAAGAUAUUUUUCAAGUCAUGUGUGGGGUUUGGGGUACCAAUCAGUAAAGGGGAGUAGCUGGACAGAAAUUAUGGUGCGAAAGGGAGUAAUUCAGGACAUACUUGCCAAGAUUCAUCUUCAGUUUGAACUAGAAGUGGAGGGUCAGGAACUAAUGGCAUUCAAGCCCAAGCAUGGUCUUCAGUGGCAAGUAUAUGUUGUGCUCAUUCGCAGAUAGGAUCCAGCAACAGCCGUAGGGAAUGUCCAUGAUGUAAUACAAGCUGAAAUUGGGGCGCAUUCCAAGUUGGCCACUGUUGCUUACAUUUGGCUCAGUUAUGCGAUGACGCUUAUGUUUAGUAGGGUAAUUUAUUUACAAUUGGGGAAAGUUGACUACAGAAAACUAAGGGUCCCUUGUGCUAAUAAAGGCAAGAUAACAGUGCCACUAAGGACAGAAGUUGCAUUCUCCAUCAGGCUAGUUCCUCAAGAAAGGACUGGAACUUUUCAAGCAGACUACCAUAAUCACUGUGACAAAGAACGAGGACAUGCAAAUUCUUAGUUCUGCCUUAGCUGGAGUGAGCAACUUGGAUGGUGGGAAGUACAGACUAUUAGUGAUCCGCUACAAUUUAGACAGUGAGCAAGAGUUCUCGAUGCCAGCCAUUUGAUAUGCACCUGUGUUAUUCCUGUAGAUGCAUUUCAACAUCACGGUCCUUCUCACUGGCAUUUUUGUAGAGAAAUUGUUACAGACGUCUGUCCAGCGGCGCCUAUACCUUACCAGAUAGAAGACAACCUUGCGAUCCAAUUCCUCAUCCUUGAGGACAAGGAUGUUUUGGAGGGGAAGGUAUUGUCAUGUACCUUACUAUUGAGAGAAGGAUGCCCUUAUCACAUUCAGUGUCAGUGUUUAGUAUUAUCCUUAUUAGUAGUAAUUAGCUUAUUGAUGGGUGUGUUCAUCAUUUGUAAUAAGUGGUUUAGAUGUAACCAGCUGGCGGACUACUAACCGUUGGUUUUAGGUCAGUCUGAGUAAGGCUUAUAAGCUGGAAGUCUGUAAUGAAUUUUUUUUCGAA